UUUGUUUCCGUUUUGCUAACCCGGAACUGUCUGGUUGGCAUAGGCAACGUCGCUUCGGCCAAAGAAGGCCUACAUUUUUACCAUUUUAAGAGAAGAAAUAUACCAAUAAAGAGAAACAAGUGCAGAGAAGGAGCAAGAGUUGGUUCCACCCAGAAAACGUCAGUAGAAGAGUAGAGGGCCAGAGACAUCCUGAAAACAGAAUGACAAGCUCAUCUACUCCCCGCAUGGUGAACACGUACAAGCGGACGUCCAGCCCGCGGUCCCCCACCAACAGCGGCGAGCUCUACACACCGGCACACGAGGAGAACGUCCGCUUCAUCCACGACACCUGGAUGUGUGUCCUGAAAGAGAUCAAAUCGCCGCAGAAUGAGCGCAACGAACGCGGGCCGCAGGAGUAUGUGGAGAAGAACCCAAACCCCAACCUGAACUGUGAGUGGAACCGCCGGCGCCUACACAACUGCAGAACCGGCGCCUACAGAACUGCAGAACCGCACACUACACUACACACUCAAACACACAGCACUACACUACAGAAGUCUGACUAG